AUGCAAGAUAGUGCAGAAGCACAAGUGCCUGAUAGCGCAAUGCCGCUUCAACGUGUUUCGAUACGGUGUCCUGCUUUCAAUGCCGAACGUCCUGCUUUAUGGUUUGCCCAACUUGAAGGGCAGUUUCAUCUCGCCGGCAUCGUUGACGAAAUAACAAAAUAUCAUUACGCCUCAUCACAUCUCGAUGCUAAGGCCGCAGCUGAGGUAGAAGAUCUGCUACUGAACGUUCCGACUGCGAUGCCUUAUUCCCGCCUGAAGGAGGCACUCGUUGAACGCCUGACGCUCUCCCGAGAUGCACGACUGCAGCAACUUCUCGAUCGAGAAACUUUGGGGGACAGCAAACCCUCACAGUUCCUUCGCCAUCUCAGGAGUCUCGACAAUACUGUCCCUGAUAACAUUCUCCGCACCAAGUGA